AUGCUCCAAUUCCUGCUUGGAUUUACUUUGGACAACGUGGUUGGAAUGUAUCUGGCUCAGAGCUGUGACAUACCAAACCUAGCUAAAAAACUUGAAGAGAUUAAAAAGGACCUGGAAGCCAAGAAGAAACCCCCUAGCUCCUGAUGCCUGACCAGCACUGCUCUCUGGACCCUCCAGUUCCGUCCUGAGGGGCCGGCUCCUUCAUAGCUGCAACCCAAAGCUGUUCCUCUCCAGCCUCGCACUCUGCCUCCUGCCUCAUAGCCAACAUGGGGCCAGAAGUCAAGGUUACC